AAGCCUAACCCAAUCGAAGGGGUUAAUUUGAUGAUACCCCUAAUAAGAAGAGUUGAGAACGAGAGUCCCUUCAAUUAAUCCAUUUGUUUAGUUUUGGUUCCACCGCCUCAGCAGCACCCGCAGGUUUUGACCGUUUUUCUCUUCACACACCUCCACCGCUCUUUACCAUUCUUACCCUAAAACAACAACACAAUACAGUACAGACACCCAGUUUCUCUGAAGCCAUGCCACAAGAUCUUCCUGGGUUUUAUUAUGAUAAGGAGAAGAACCGUUACUUCCCUAUUAAAGGUCCAAUACCCGGCUCUUCUCGUUCUUCUUCUGUAGCUACUGCACAAGAACCAACUCCAAAGUCCACAAGGGCAUUGAAUUUAUGUAGAACUGGAUUAAGAGCUUCUAAGCUGCUUCAGGUUAGGGAGUUAUAUGGUAACGUUAUUCCGUUCAGUAAAGGAAAGUGUAACUUCAAGGAGGAAAUCCAAAGGAUACAAGUAUCACAACCUGUGGUUUGGAAGUAUGGUGGAACAGAUAAGAUUGUGAAUGGUGCUUUGGAACAGAUACGCAUUGAUGUACAGACACUCGAGGGUCAAACUGAAAUGGAUGUUUUAUUAGCAGGCGGUGUACAUGGCUCCUUGAGUUUUGUUGAAGUUGGAAAAGUACAACAAUUUGAUUACGGGGUAAAAUGCAUGCCAGAUCAAGUGUGGCCGAAAGUUAAAGAAGACCAAGCAGAGUGUGGUAGAACUCCUGGGCAUAUCUGGAGACCUGCAGGAUCUUUAUUACAAAUGCCAUCAAACAUAUCUUGUAUAAAAAUUUUUGAAAAGCACUCUCCCUCAAUGGAUGAUGGUUCAAAUGUCCAGGAUGCAAUUACAAGUACUUUGGGAUCAGAGACAUCUGGUGGAUCUCUCUAUAUUGUUAAGCUCAUUGAACCGUUAGAUCUCAAUUCAAGUAUUUCAAGCAUAAGUCAAAGAAUACAUGAGGUCGCUACUUUCAAUUGCACCAUCUGGACUGCUGAUUACAAUUUUAAUAGGAGUCGAGCAGUGAUUGGUACUAAUUUGGGAGCUGCUCUAGUGGAUUUGGAAACCGGAAUGGCAUCAUGGGUGUGUCGUAGUAAAAGUGAUGUUUUCGCACAACAAAUUGUUCAUUCGGGAAAUUCUAUUUUAUGCGGACUAAGGAAUGGGGCAAUUGUGACAGUGGAUGUUCGUGACAAACGGGAAAGCAGUUCUGCUAGAUUUAUUAGACAUAGAAUACCUUGCUCACCCUUGGAUAAAACUGUUGGAGACUCUAGUAGACAAUGGUUUAAACUUUCUGGAAACAUAUAUCUGUCAUGUACUGUUAAAAUGCCUUCAUCUAUUUCUUGUUUGGUAUCACUUCAAUUCGAUGACAACUAUUUCUUGGCAAGCUCCAUGGAUGGAUCGGUAAAACUAUAUGAUCAUCGGCUAAUACAGAGAGGCGCUGUACAAUCUUAUGAAGGGCAUGUUAAUUCCCAUACACGUAUACAGCUUGGAGUUGAUCCAUCUGAGAAAUUUGUUAUGUCAGGUGGAGAGGACUGCAACUUGCGGCUCUGGAGUAUCAAGUCUGGUGAAUUGCUUUUCGAGGAUAAAUUCUCUGAUUCAGUCCUCUCAACUGUGUGCUGGCAUAGAGCUGAAAGACCAAUGAGAGUGGGGGAUGAAAGGAAAAGCUAUAAAGAGUAUUUAUAUCAGCAGAGUUAUGGUUUAGGGACAUGGCUUGGAUCUCAUGAAGGACUGUUUUACAUGCACUGGCCUUGAACUUAUUGUGAAACGAUAAUAUCAGUAUUAAGUGCUGGUGGUGAAACUAUGUUUCUGAAAACUGCUUCCCCUCAAACAUGCAAAGCACUAUAUUGCCUUUGAUAUGGAUGACACAGCGAUGACAAUGCCAACAUAGGGCCUUUCUGUUCUAAGUCACAAGCCAAUGCCAUAUACUGGUGCUAAGAGACAGCUGUGAAGGUAACCAGCAGCAAAAGAGUAAUGAUCUUGCCCUUGUCAACUGAGUUAUUCUUGCAAGGGCCGCAUGAUGUUGUCAAAUUGAAAUGGUUGUAAAUGGCUGAAAUAUCUUUCCAAUAUCCUCUGUCAUGCUCUUCGACUUCCACAUUCAGUAUAAGGUAGUUCUUUGCUAGUGAGCCCGGAAACUAUUGUUAUUAGUGUUCAAAACUUCUAAUUCUAAACUCUAAGCAAUAUGGCAAAUCCUUUCAUUUCAUCCUUAAGAAAGAUGGAUGGGUAUUUCUGUUAUCUAUAGUGGAAAGGGGGACUGUGUUGCUUCCAGUGUAUUAUCUCAAAGUUUCUUGACCAAAUUCAGGGCGGUUAGCAAGCCUAGUUGUCUGAAAGCAGUCUGAUUGGGCUCUAGCAUGAUAUGUGAAUAGUUCUAUCAUAUGAUUUGCACCUUGAUACUGUUCUUUUUGGUUAAGACAUCUUGAUACUGCUUGGUGAACAAAAUGUGACACCUUUUCCCCUGCUGAAUAUGAGUUUGAAUACAAUCCAUUUUGUAUGGGUGACA